AUGCGAUCUGACAUCAGCUACAACAACAUCAUCGACGGCGACGAGUUUGCACGAGCCCAGAAAGCCGCGGAUGAUUCCGCCGGACUCCCAGCCGAGCAAAUCGAUACCGAAUCCUUCUAUGUCACGCAGCACUACGAUCGUUACUCCGAGGAGAACCAUCGUGUUUGGAAGACCCUCUGGAACAAGCGCUGGGAUGUGCUUGAGCAGCAAGCUUCCGAUACCUACCUCACUGGACUCCGAGCGAUCAAUCUCGUUCCCGAUCGAGUGCCUUUGCUCUGGGGAACGGUCGAUGAUCCUUACGAGCCGGGACGCAAGAUCAAAGGCAUCAACGAGUACCUCCGCGACCUGACCGGAUGGUGCUCGCGAGGAGUUCCGGGAUACCUCCCAGCGAAAGCGUUCUUCAGCUGUCUGUCACGCCGGGAAUUCCCAUCGACCAUCGUCAUCCGACCUGAAGACAAGAUGGACUACCUCCCUGAGCCGGACAUUUUCCAUGAUGUGUUCGGACAUGUCCCGCUCCACGCGGACCCAGUCUUCGCGGACUUCCUCCAGACCUACGGCAAAGCCGCCCUCCUCGCCGGACCAGAACACGAAGAAGCACUUGCACGACUCUUCUGGUUCACUGUCGAGUUCGGACUCAUCUCCGAAGGCGGCAAACUCAAGGUCUAUGGCUCAGGAACCAUCUCUUCGCAUGCCGAGUCCGAGUAUGCGCUCAACGCUCCCGAAGGCACCGGAGGUCGCGACAACGGACAGAUCGAACGCCGACCUUUUGAUAUGGAUCAAGUGAUCAAUACGCCGUUCGAGAUCGAUCACUUCCAGGACAUCGUCUAUGUCCUUGAUAGCUUCGAGCAGCUUCGUGAUGCGAUGAACGACUACGCGAACCGAUCGCAUACGACCAGCGAAAACCAACAGAUCGAGCAUCGCAUCGACCUCGAUGCGUACCUCAAACGCAUCAACUACACCGGCCCAUCAGACCUCGCGCCCACGCUCGAGACGCUCAAGCAUCUCCAGCUUUGCCAUGCAAGUGCGAUCCCCUUCGAGAACCUCGAUGUGCUGCUGGGCCGACGCAUCGAUCUGAGCAUGCAAGGCAUCGAACACAAGCUCGUCACGAGCAAUCGUGGUGGAUACUGCUUCGAGCACAACAGUCUAUUUCUGCAUGUUCUUCAAGGGUUGGGAUUCGAUGCGAUCGGACUCUCCGGACGCGUGAUCUUCUCCUCGCCUCCUGAUGUCGUGCCCGCCCGCACGCACCUGUUCAACAGAGUCACGCUCGAUGGAAUCCCCUGGCUCCUCGACGUCGGAGUCGGCGGAUUCACACCCACCCAGCCCCUCCGGAUGGACACCCCAGACCCACAGCAAACCCCGCACGAUACGCGCCGGAUCAUCAGUUCAAACGAACCCACCCCGGAUGGAUUCGACCACUGGUUCCAUCAGAUCCUCAUCGAUGAUGAAUGGAGAAGUGUCUACGAGUUCACCGGAGAGCAGAUGCUGCAGAUCGACCGAGAGGUCGGGAACUGGUGGACCAGCGCCAGCCCCCAGUCCACCUUCCGCGACAAGAUCAUGAUCGCGAUCGCCGCUCCGGACGGCUCAAGACACACGCUCGCAACUCGCAAGUACACCCACCGAAUCCACGGCCAGCCCAUCGAAGAGAUCGACAUCCAAAGCUCACUCCAGCUCCUCGACAUCCUCGACCAACGCUUCGGACUCCGCUUCCCUCCUAACACCAAGUUCGGCAUCGACGGGCUCUAA